GCCGCCGCCUCUCCGCGCCGGGCCCCCGCCGCCGCCGCAACCCUGCGGGAGAUGGAACAGCGGAACCGGCUCGGCGCCCUCGGAUACCUGCCGCCUCUGCUGCUUCACGGCCUGCUGCUCUUCGUCGCCGACGCAACAUUCACCGAAGUCCCCAAAGAUGUAACCGUGCGGGAGGGAGACGAUAUCGAAAUGCCCUGCGCGUUCCGGGCCAGCGGAACCACCUCAUACUCGCUGGAGAUUCAGUGGUGGUACCUUAAGGAGCCUCCCCGGGAGCUGUUACACGAGCUGGCACUCAGCGUGCCAGGAGCCCGGAGCAAGGUAACAAAUAAGGAUGCAACUAAAAUCAGCACCGUGCGUGUCCAGGGCAAUGACAUCUCGCACCGCCUUCGGUUGUCUGCUGUACGACUGCAGGACGAAGGAGUUUAUGAGUGCCGUGUGUCGGACUACAGCGACGACGACACUCAGGAACACAAGGCCCAGGCUUUGCUGCGCGUGCUGUCUCGGUUCGCACCGCCCAACAUGCAGGCUGCUGAGGCAGUGUCCCACAUCCAGAGCAGUGGCCCGCGGCGACACGGAGCCCCCAGCGCUGUCAGCUCCAGCAAUGCAGGCACCGCUGUCCGCACCACCUCUGAACCCGGGUACAGCGACAAAAACCCACCUCCUGGGAGCCCUCCCUCAAGACCAGAAGUUCCGGAGGCAGCCGCGGCUGCUGCCGCUGCCUCUGCGACCCACACAGUCACCACCACUGCUGCAGCAGCUGCUGCUGCUUCAUCAGCUUCAUCACCAUCAGACCAGGCUUUCCUUCUGCGCCAGAGGCACGGUUCCGGUACCGGCCCUGCCUACAGCACAGACCCUCUGCUGUCGCUGCUCUUGUUAGCGCUGCAUAGGUUCCUGCACCCAUUGCUGGGACACUGACAGCCAUAAAAUUUCUGCAGCCACGCGAGGGAGGACCUUGCCACAUGGACACAAGGACCAAGGGAAGCAUGAAGAAGUCCAUGCAGAAAUAAAUAAAUCUUAUUUUUUGGGGAAGUAACACAAAUUUAGAAGACUUAAAGUAACGCAUCAAGUUUCCAGAUAGGAUGGAGCGAAGGCCGUGCAGUCUGCAUGGGGCGCUGAGCUCUCCACGGCAACGUCCAGUUUCUGUUUCUUUCCUUCACGUGCCCUCUGAGUCUUCAUUUUGCACGAACUGUUGAACAGGUACUUUGAGGAUAAUAUGUAAAAAAAAAAAAAUCGGGUCAAAGCCUUUCUGACAAAGUAAAAUAUUUUUAGGAGAUUAUUGUGUUUAGAAAUUUUUUUUGAAUUUACUUUUUCUUUGGGGGCUUUUCUUUAUUAAAUUAUUUCUUUGGAGACAUUUUGAUUAAAAAAACACCAUAAUUAAAACUCACUGUCAAUAAUAUUUAUUUUUAAAUAAAGAUUGGAAACAAGGGUAUUGUUGUUUAUAAACUGCACUGUAUAUUGCUGAAUAACAGUUGAAUAAUA